CAAAAAUAGAGAAUCAAACGAAACACGGCAGCAUUUCUCGACUGUAAUAGGCUGAGCUUGGUGAAGUAGGCGGGCUGAUUUUCUGCUGUCAAGUGAAGUGCUCUGUACAAGAAGGUAGAACAGACUUCGAUCAGCGACAUUCACGACAACAAUUAACAAACGGAUAAAAAAAAAGAGAAAACAUAGGGAUAAUGGACCUAAGCUUGCAUGACGCUCUCAGGGACGGGGUGCCUAAGUCAGGACCGGACAGCCUGGUGAGGAGGGACUUCAUGGCCUCCCUUGAGAAAGAAACUUUUGAUGACAAAGUGGGCGAGACUGUAGGAAAGACUGACUACCGCCCUCUGCUGGACGGAAAGGAUGGGAAAGGAUCCAGUAUGAUGCCAGGAGGACAGAUGGGGACGAGGAUGCCGUGGCAGGAACCAAUGGGAGAAAAGCAUCCCUGUCCAACUGGACAACAGUCUGCCGUCAAUUCUGACUACCUUUCAGGUCCAGUGUCUAGUAUGAUGGGGAUACCUGGUGAUCAGUGGGGGAACCAGAACAAAGGAAUGAAGGACAGCAACAUACCAGAUUCUCUCAUGGGUUUCUCCCAGCCAGGGAUGAUGAAUAUGAACAUGGGUUCAGGAGGUAUGGGGGGCAUGGCUCCAUUCCAGACAGGCAUGCCUCCUAUGGGCAACUCUCAGAAAGCCUCUCCUCUGUUUGCCUCUGAGCCCCACAAACAGUCCCAGUCCCAGGCCCCCUUUAAGCCCAACGACUCAUACCCCUCUGCCCCGGGCCACAACACCCAGUCCCAGGACAACUCUGCAGUUUGGACAAACCCAAACCCCUUGGCAGAUGGUGAGUCCGGGCUGCAAGCCUCAGAGGGUCUCAGCCUCUCCCCCAGCGAUUCAGUGGAGGAGAGCCCCAACUCCGACCCCCUCAGCCCCCACGGCCAGGAGACUGGCUCUGGGGGCGAGAGGGGGACCGAGGGGGUCAACAGCGGCAGCAUGCAGCAGAAGAGGAAGAAGAAGAAAAGGAGGCCCAGAGAGGAGGUGUAUGACUUCAUGGACAGGGAAGAGGCUCCGGACUCCUCGAAGGAGGAAGAGGGCGAGACAGAGAGCGGAGCCUCGGACUGCCCGCUGAGUCUGUCCUCCCCGAGCAAGGAGGAGAGCUGGGAGUGUGAGAUCCGAGGGAGGGGAGGGGGUAGGGUCAGGGGCAGGAAGAAUAAGAGCAGGAUGAAGCUGCCAGAGGAGUGGGGGCCAACACCCCAGGAGCCCACGACACCCCAUGCCACCCCAGCCUCGGUGUCUGCAAUGGUGAUGGCCUCCGGUCCGUUAAGCUCAACCCUAGAGAACAUCUCCUCCCUCAUAGCCGACCCCCAGACUAACCCCUUUAGCAGUUUUAUAGAGGACACCAAACCCUCUCACACCUCCACUUUGCCACCACUCACUGAGAACCCCAAACCAAGUCACAUCCUCAACAAGGACCCUGCCUUAACAGACACUUCCACUAGUAACUUGAACAUGUUUGAGCAACCUUCUCCAGCCAAGGUAAACAUGGAGUGGGAGGCUGAGGCUCCUGUUAAAAACACUGCCUCUGCUCCCCUCCAUUAUGAACCCAUGUGUAUUGAUGACUUCAAAAUGCCCCCUCCCUUAGCCACUAAAGAUGUCCUACCCCCCAAGAAGGAGGAGGCAGCUCUGUCCUUCACUGACAAAGCCUCCUCUGAUCAUUGUCGUCAAGAGGCCAACGCAUCUAUUACUGACCAGAGGCAACUGGGUCCUAAGAGCUCCCCAGGCUUCAGCCCCCAGGUCUCACAGACCUCUUUCCUAGACUCUGUCCUGCAGACCCCCUCAGCCAGCACCCCUGCUUCACAGCCACAGGCCCAGUCUCAGACCACCACACCCCAGGGCCUUCCUCCAAACACCACCACCUCCUCCUCUUUCCAGUGCACUUCUCCUCCACUGCUUAGCCACUCCUCCCAGCCUGAUCAUGACACUCACAGUCCCCACCCUGCAGUGUGCUCAGACCUCAACCCUGCAGCCCCGCCCUUUAUCCCCACCACACUGCCACUCACAGAGCACCAGGAGCCACCGCUGCCAGAGCCCCCCCUGCUGGAAGUGAAAGCAGAAAAUAAGGACAAACAAGAGAAGGCUGAUUUCUUCCCCAAGAUGGAUAACUUGAACACGUUUGAUAAGACCGAGAAGUCGGACAAGAUGGAGAAGAUGGAGAAUAAAGAGAAAAAAGAUCAAUCUAAGAAAGUCAAUGCUGACAAGACAAACAAAUCUGAGAUCCUCAAAGAUGAAGAGAAGAUUGACAAGACAGAGAAAAAUGUUAAAAAUGAAAAAGUGGACAAGCCAGAGAAGACCAACAAAGAUGAAAAGAUGGAGAAGAAAGCAAAUGGAGAGAAAACAGACAAGAUGGUUAAAGUUGAGAAGAAUGAAAAGGCUGGGAAAGGUACUGCAAAGUCCCCAACAACCAUCAGAAGCAAGCAGGACCUCACCAGCCCAGACAGUAAGGCCAAGCCUGCUGUUGGGUCAACCAAACCAAACUCUGUCAAAACACGGCCCACCUCUCUGUCCACUGGGGAUGCAGCUGCCCCCCUAAAACGUUCCGCCCCCACCUCCAGCUCUGCCAAUAAAAAAAGUCCUGUUACCAAGGCAACCACUCCCACUGCUGGCACCAAGCGGCCAACUGUCGCUCCCAGUCAAACCCCUACAGCAUCCAAGUCCAAGACUCCGGAAAACGGCACUUCUGACAGACGUCCUCCUGUGCCAAAGGCCAACGGCACGGCCAAUAAGGACAGUUCCUCUACUACCGCCACUACUAAACCUGCUGGGCCACGCCCCUCUGCUAAUGUCCCUUCUCUGCGCCGCAACACAGUUCCCAAGACUGAUAUCAAGCCAGGUGACGUGAAGAAGCCUACUACGCUGAAGACAACACCAGCCAAGCCCAGGGUACCUCACACUUCUGCUACUGCUCCAAGCACUCCUGCAACCAACGGGGAGCAACCUCGCAGACGCAUCACCAAACCCCCGGUGCCCAAGCAGACGGCUAUGGAGAGGAAGCCAGCUGUACCCAGAGCUCCUAGGACUCCCAGGCCCAUUAACGCACCCUUGCCAGACCUGAAGAAUGUGCGCUCCAAGAUCGGCUCCACAGACAACAUGAAGUAUCAGUCUACCGGUGGCAAGGUCUCCUCGGCAGGGGGUUCCCAAUCCAAAGACAGCCAGGGCAAGGUUAUGAUAGUCCACAAAAAACUGGACUUCAGCCAUAUCACCUCCCGCUGUGGCUCCAAGGAUAAUAUCAAGCAUGUCCCUGGUGGAGGGAAUGUCCAGAUUCAGCAUAAGAAGGUGGACUUGAGCAAAGUGACCUCCAAGUGUGGCUCUAAGGACAACAUCAAGCACAAGCCAGGUGUGUCCACUACAGGGGGUGGAGAUGUGAAGAUUGAGGCUAAGGCCAAUGGUAAUGGCAAGCCCAAGGUGGGGUCAAUGGACAAUAUUGGCCUUGAGGCAGAGGAUGUACAAAACAAGGCUGGGGGGCUGCAGGAGAAAGCUGAGGGGAAAACAUCUCCCCCUGGUGGACCUCCAGCCACAGGUGCAAGAAGUAUGGCUAAGGAGAACGGACAUAAGGAGGCCACACCUCACCCUAAUCCCUUUGGGGGUGAUGGGCUGCGAGACCCGAUAGGCAUGGGCAUGGACAAACGCAUCCCUGAGACAACAGAUUGAGUCUUACAAGCUGAGCUUUCGCAAGCGUGCACGGGCUCGCACGAACCACGGCGCCGACAUCAUCUCCCGGCCCACCCCGAUUGGCAGCCACCCCUCACCCUCAUCGCAGCACCUCUCUCAGUGUUUCUCUGGGGGUCCGCCAGCUUUCUCCUCCACACCCUCCAGCUCCAACCCAGACCCUCGUCACCCAGACAUGAGCCAGGGGGACAACUACUGAAUGCUAGCAGGACAGGGACUUCUUUAGCACAUUUCAACUUCCUCCAGCACCUUCAUUUGACCUUUUACCUCUCCUUUUACCAUACUGUAUCUAAUCACUACUCUUUGUCCUUGUGGAAUAUCUUUCCUAGUCUUCUGGUCUCAGAGGAGCCAGUAUUAAAGUAUAGAGACCAGAGUUCAGAUAGAUAGACAAGCUCUUACUGUACAGUGGGGUUUGGUCUCUUCUGAAUUGCCCUGGGUUAACUUGCUGUGAUAUAAGGGGAGUAGUAUGACCUCAGAGUGAACCUUCUAGAAUCUAGACCCUCAGUGUUCUGUUAUAGUUAUGUCAGCGCAGAAUGAAACGUAUUAUACUGCCUGCUUCUUUUGUUCCAGCCUAUAAUUUCUGUUCUUAUACGUAGUGCCACCUCGAUUAAAAUCACAAACACCUUCAGUGUCACACUGUACAUUUGUACGCAUUUUACGUCAGACCAUCACAAUGAGCCAAUGCUAUCUAUGUGACAGGCCUUACCCUAGACGUAACACCUUCCUUACUGUACCUAUCUCUCUGGAUGAGCAUAACUGCCCUUGUACUGUUGGGACCCCAGAUUUCACUUGAGUUGUAUACAGUACAUUAUACAAUGGCGAUUAGUGAAGCACCCCAUUAUUGUGAGCGUGUGGGAUUGUCAUGUCAUCCCAAUGAACAGGGGCUAAUAUGCCACUCCCUCUCUUAACCAAUACAGUAUGUCUAGAUAACCCUUUGUAAGCAUGUGAUUCCCCCACAGCACUCUCAACAACAAGAUAAUAGUAGGCUGUUACAAACAGUAGGAUAUUUAACAUCUCUUUCAAAAACUCUGUAUCGUGUUUUCGUAAAUUAUUGUAACAAUGAGCUGAUGUGUUGUUAUGUGGUUUCAUCAUAAUAUACCCUUUUCCUUUUACUGUUACAUCUCUCUGAAAGCAAUACAGUGAGUGGUCUUUGCCGAGGACACAACUUCCUCAUACACACACAUCCCCGCACAUGUGUACAGUACGGUACAGUCAGAGGGAGAGAGAGACAAACAAACCCCUGCAGGGUCUGUGCACAGAGACUGGAUGCCUGGGACAGGGCAAAAUAGGAAGCAGGAGGCAGCAAACAGAGUGAGGAAAGGCCUGUGAUUGCAGAGUGAGGAAAGGCCUAUGAUUGCAGAGUGAGGAAAGGCCUAUGAUUGCAGAGUGAGGAAAGGCCUAUGAUUGCAGAGUGAGGAAAGGCCUAUGAUUGCAGAGUGAGGAAAGGCCUAUGAUUGCAGAGUGAGGAAAGGCCUAUGAUUGCAGAGUGAGGAAAGGCCUAUGAUUGCAGAGUGAGGAAAGGCCUAUGAUUGCAGAGUGAGGAAAGGCCUAUGAUUGCACCAGGAAAGAUACUCCAAUGCUGUUUGUGUUGUCCCCCAGUGAUCAAGUCUCUGUAGUGUUGGCCAAACCGUUGGGACAGGGAAGACGAAUAGAAAGACGUUUUGAAGGAAAGCAAGAUUUAGAUAGAUACAUUUAACAAUAUAAUCACAAUUUUAAGUCAGUAUCAAGAGAAGUUUGUGACGAACAAAGACAGUCAUAAAUUGAUCUCCAAUGUAACAAUUGUAUAUUUUCAGUCUUCUCAACUACUCCACUGUUAAAUAUGAAUUAAUUUGAAUGGCUGCUUAUGCUAUUGGUUCCACUGUGAAAAGUGACAUUAUUGUGUAACAAUAGCGCACAAUUUCUUAUUGGAGCAGUUUUCUUUCUUUUUUUUUUAACAAAGAAGCUAAUUACUCAGAUUAACUUGCUGUCGGUUUUGUAAAGAGGUUGGCGGAAUUGUAUAACAUUACAUGACUAUGAAUUAGGAUUCAGUGUGUGUGUGUGUGUGUAGUAUGUUGUGAUCAACAUUUAGGCAUGUCUGUGGAGUUUGUCAGAUUAGUGGUAUGUUGCUGGAUCAAGUUCGAGGGCACCCCAUUGCCUUUAAAAUACUGGUAGUUUGGCUCUUAGAGUACAAAAAUGGCACCUCCAACAAGAGGGAUAAGGGCCCCAGAUAUUAAUGUGUACUUGUGCCUUGUAGAUUCUCAAGGCUGAACCACAGAUAGAACCAGAUCUCUCACAGGAUGUCUAAAUCUGAAGCAUCCCUUUAUAGCUUCUUCUCACCACCAGACAUGGUGAUGAGAGGAAGCCCAGUGGCGGGAAGUGGGAGAACAUGGAGCGAGAUGAAACAUGCUAAUUUCCUCAUAGAUGAAACAUCUCAAUACAGUUUUCUGUUCCCAAAACUAACAUCUGUUAAGAACAGAGUACACUAAGUUUUUGAGACUUCACCCUUUCUAAAAUAAAUGGCAUUGCUUAGAAGGAUUACAAGGGCAAAUUGAGUAAUUGCACAAUCGCAACUUCACAGAGUAGGAGUUCUCCAGGGGAAAUAUGCAAAUACAUGCUAGAACGGGCCAAUAGGAUCUCGCUAGUUCGUGCUUAGCUUUGCCCAGCUCUUUGCUUGUUCUGCUCAAUGUGCUUCAUUUGCUCCCAUUGGAAACAACAUCGGUGGUAUAUCUUGGGUUAGUACAAAUCUGUGGCUGAACUGUAACAGGUGUAUAGUUACCCAAAAAAUGAUCUUUAUGUCCCACCCUCAAACCCUUUUAUUUUGAGAUAUUGUUAUGUACUGUAAUGAUAUAAUGCUGCUGGAUGUCGGUAAGGUGUCAUUUGAAUUUAUUUGAGUGUGUGCACUGCAGUGGAGGAAAUCAUAGGGAUCAUCAAUGGCAGAGAUAAUCAAAGAGCAAGUUAUCAAAAUAUGGAGAAUGAAAGAAAAAGCACCUUAUGAUAUUUACAAGUAUUCUUUCCCCCCAAGAUUCCCAUGGUUAGUUGAAAAACUGGAAUGAAUUGAAUUCUUCCUGAAGCAUAAGUCUUACACUGAUGAAAGCACUUUGAAUGCACAGUGGUAUGUACAUUUUAUGUUUGAGCUCUACAGUAUGUUAGAACUGUUGGCAUGAUUAGAUGAACAGAUUUGUCUUUUAGUCUCCUUGGCGGUAACCUUGCUGGUCACGUUAGUGGACUUUGGUGUCGUGCUUUGGGACGAUGGUCACUCGCUCUGUCUGUUCUCCUUGUGCCUGUUAGACGUCAUGUUUGGUAACACUCCCCUUUCCAACGCGUAACCACUGCUUGCAACACCAUCCUUCCAUCAGUCUUCACACAGUCGUUUGUAAAUAGACAUCCACAUGUUUUUAUCACCACAGGAAAAACAAAUAGGUAUUGAUAUUAGGGUCUUUAUGGAUGUUGACAAAUGUAUUUCACAUCCAUGAACCCAUUUUCAAAGAGAGUGUUUUCUUUCUGGAGUCUGCCUUUUUCAGAAAGGGCUGAAGUACAAGAAUGUUUUUAAAAUGCAAUGUUUUAAAGAUGCAAGACAUGAAUAUCAUAUGUAUGAACUUUUUGUUUUGUUUUCAAAUUCACAAUAGGACACAUACUAAGGCCUAGAUUCAAUCAGAUCAAACGUUAACCAGCGAUAGCAGACACCUGCAUAGCGAAUGUUUUGGUGGAGAAGGAAACUGCGUUGGAGCUGUCAAGUUAUUGAGCAGCUGCUCUUGCAAUCAUCAGGAACCCCCCA